AUGGCGUAUUUCCUCCCGCACUUGCACACUGCGUAUGCCGUCGAUCGUGCUAUUCAGGAUGAGACUGAAAAGCUGGUGGUCAUUCGUUUUGGUCAUGAUAACGACAGACAGUGCAUGCUUGUAGAUGAAACACUGUGGAAGAUUGCCGAUCUUGUGAAGAACUUUGUUGUUAUCUAUCUCGUGGACAUCACGGAGGUUCCGGAGUUCAAUGCCAUGUACGAGUUAUACGACGCGUGCACGAUCAUGUUCUUCUUCCGAAACAAGCAUAUGAUGAUCGAUCUUGGAACGGGAAACAACAACAAGAUCAACUGGGCACUCACCGACAAGGACGAGUUGAUUGCCAUUAUGGAAACCAUCUACCGUGGUGCUAUUAAAGGUCGUGGAAUUGUUGUUUCCCCGUUCGACUAUUCCACGAAGAACAAGUUCUAG